AACAUAUCCCCUCCCCCAUCGAGAGACCAAAACUCAGAAAGCCCAAGCCGUUCUCUCUCUAACUCACUUCUUUCUCUCUCUUCCCUUUCAUUUCCUCUCUGAUAUUAUAUUGAUCACUGUGUAGUUUAUUGAUCGACGGCUCUGAUUUCUCCAGCCAUGACGAUGCUGACUCCUCGACCUUUGGAUCGACAAGAAGACGAAGAGAUGCUGGUGCCACACGCGGAUUUUGUAGAAGGCCCUCAGCCUUUAGUAGAAGGACCUCAGCCUUUAGUAGAAGGUCCUCAGCCUAUGGAAGUAGCGCCAGUGGACGGUGCUGGGACAGUGGACAACCAGGCCAGUGAAGAGCCACAAGCAUCACGGUUCACAUGGGCAAUUGAGAAUUUUUCUCGCUUAAAUGUCAAGAAGCUAUAUUCGGAUGUCUUUACAGUUGGUGGUUAUAAAUGGCGGGUGCUUAUUUUUCCCAAAGGAAACAAUGUGGACUAUUUGUCUAUGUAUUUAGAUGUGGCAGAUUCAGCUACCUUGCCACAUGGGUGGAAUAGAUAUGCACAGUUUAGCUUGGCCGUAGUUAAUCAAAUACAUAACAAAUACACAAUAAGAAAAGACACACAGCACCAGUUCAGUCAAAGGGAGAGUGAUUGGGGUUUUACAUCUUUCAUGCCCCUUGUUGAACUUUAUGACCCCAGUAAGGGGUAUCUUGUGAAUGAUACGUGUGUUGUUGAAGCUGAUGUUGCUGUACGUAAGGUCACUGAUUACUGGACAUACGACUCAAAGAAGGAGACAGGUUAUGUGGGACUUAAGAACCAAGGAGCAACUUGUUACAUGAAUUCUCUCCUGCAAACUUUGUAUCAUAUUCCUUACUUCAGAAAGGCUGUGUAUCAUAUGCCAACUACAGAGAACGAUAUGCCUUCAGGAAGCAUUCCCUUGGCUCUACAGAGUUUGUUUUAUAAGCUCCAAUAUCAUGAAACCAGUGUGGCAACAAAAGAAUUGACUAAAUCAUUUGGAUGGGACACGUAUGAUUCCUUUAUGCAGCAUGAUGUGCAAGAACUUAAUAGAGUUUUGUGCGAAAAGCUCGAAGACAAGAUGAAGGGGACUGUUGUUGAAGGGACGAUACAGAAACUGUUUGAAGGACACCAUAUGAAUUACAUUGAAUGCAUCAAUGUAGAUUUCAAAUCUACAAGAAAAGAAUCAUUUUAUGACCUUCAACUUGAUGUCAAAGGCUGUAAGGAUGUUUAUGUUUCCUUCGACAAGUAUGUGGAAGUUGAACGUCUUGAAGGAGAUAACAAGUAUCAUGCUGAAGAGCAUGGUUUGCAGGAUGCCAAGAAGGGUGUCUUGUUCAUUGAUUUCCCACCAGUUCUUCAGCUACAGCUAAAGCGCUUUGAAUAUGAUUUUAUGAGGGAUACAAUGGUUAAGAUAAACGACCGUUAUGAAUUUCCCCUAGAACUUGACCUUGAUAGAGACAACGGAAAAUAUUUGUCGCCGGAAGCAGAUAGGAGUGUUCGCAACCUUUACAUGCUCCAUAGGUUGAUCUCUUUCUAUACAUAUCUAUCUGACUCUCGGCAGAUUGUUCAUUUUCGAGCUUUGGAGAGACCUAAGGAGGAUGGUUUCAGCCUAGAGUUAGCAAAGAACCACACUUAUGACGAUGUUGUGGAAAGAGUGGCUCAAUACCUUGGUUUGGAUGAUCCAUCUAAAAUCCGUCUUACUCCUCACAAUUGCUAUUCUCAGCAACCAAAGCCCAGUCCAAUCAAAUACAGAUCAGUUGAUCAGUUGUUAGAUAUGCUUGUCCACUACAAUCAGAUCUCUGAUAUUCUGUAUUAUGAAGUUUUGGAUAUUCCUCUUCCUGAACUGCAAUGCCUUAAAACUCUGAAAGUUGCCUUUCAUCAUGCCACAAAGGAUGAGGCUGUAAUUCUCAACAUCAGAUUGCCUAAACAAAGCACUGUUGGAGAUGUGCUUAACGAGAUCAAAACAAAGGUAGAGUUGUCUCACCCAAAUGCAGAACUUAGAUUGCUUGAAGUUUUCUACCACAAGAUUUAUAAGAUCUUUCCUCUCAAUGAGAAAAUUGAGAAUAUAAAUGACCAGUACUGGACAUUGCGGGCUGAGGAGAUUCCAGAAGAAGAGAAAAAGCUGGGUCCCAAUGACCGCUUGGUUCAUGUUUACCAUUUCACAAAAGAGAGUGCACAGAACCAAAUGCAAGUCCAGAAUUUUGGGGAACCCUUCUUUCUGGUCAUUCAUGAAGGCGAAACUUUAGCGGAUGUUAAAGUCCGGAUUCAGAAGAAAUUGCAGGUUCCAGACGAGGAGUUUUCUAAGUGGAAAUUUGCAUUUUUGUCGCUGGGACGUCCAGAGUAUCUUCAGGACUCAGACAUUGUAUCCAGCCGUUUUCAGAGGAGAGAUGUUUACGGUGCUUGGGAGCAGUACCUUGGGUUGGAGCACUCUGAUACUACCCCUAAGAGGACUUAUGCUGCAAACCAGAAUCGCCACACCUUUGAGAAGCCUGUUAAAAUAUACAAUUAGGAAGGAAUCAAUUGCACUCUGAUUGGUCGUAAGCUCAUACCUCCUACGCCACAAAGAAAAUGUAAUAAUUUAUAAACAUGGGAUACGGAGAAGAGAACGCAAGGCAGAAAAGAUAUACUGUGCUGCUGUUUUUUCACCUCUUUUUUCCGCUGCAAAUUUGGUUGGUUUGGUAGAUUUAUGAUUAUUUGAAUGGGAUAUGGAGUAGUUUCUAGUCCCAAUUGUACUUUUACUUUUUGCUUGUUUGUACAAAGUGCUUGAAAUGACUCGGGAAUUUACAUAUAUAAACAUACAGAUAAAUGAUGUGAUACAUAUGACAAGGUUUUGUUGAUGGGGUUGUAAAAAGUAUGUAACAGUUAUAUCUCUAAAUUCUCUUCUAUGUUGUUAGAUGUCACGUAUAUGGUUAGUAGGGGUGGAACUGUAAAAGAAAACGAUUAUGCUGUAAUUUAUUAGUGGAGAUUGAUCUUCUA